UGGUCAUAUCCCGGUAUUGAAAAAGUGAGAGUUUACACUUGAACUCUUUGUCCUAGUCUCUCCUAAAACUCUCACGUCCACCAACGAAAUACUAGACUUAAUGGUCUCAAACUCUCAUUUCUCCAUAACAAUUCCCCCAAACAGACGCAUGCACCGGUUCUAUAUAGGUAGCCGAUCCUUCUGCUUUACUGAGGAGUGAGGAGAGUGAUAAACCUGGUCAGUGUCCAGUGGCCUCGUCCACCGGACUGCGCGGACGCAUGGGGUGCGUGCACGUGCGGUGCUCGCGUCGGCCGUCGCGCCGCGCACGCACGCACGCACGCAUGUGCCCACCCUGUCUGUCCCGAUGUCCGUGGACAUCAACCAAACCAUAUGCAUAUGCACGCGCCUCCCAUAAAACACAAGCUGGCAACGAUCCAUUUCCACUACUCCUCGAGAUCCCCAACUCCUCUCCCUCCUCUUUUAUACUCGAUCGAUCGCCACUCUACCUCCAUCACUGAUCUAGCUAGCUACUAGUACAGUACACGCGUACGUACACCUACACCUUAGCUAGCUAGCUUAGCUUGUCGUAGAGACUAGAGAGGCAGGAUAGAAGCUCUCAAGCUCAAGCUCUCAUGGAGACGAGCUCGCGGAGCAGCAGCGGGUGCCAGUCGGGGUGGACUCUCUACCUCGACCACUCCAAUGGCGGCCACCGGCAGUAUUACGCGCGCAAGAAUCACGAGCUCGACGACGACGACGACGACGACGACAUGGUCUCCGACGCCUCCUCCGGCCCGCCGCCGCGCAUGCGCGACGAGGACGACGACGAGGUGUGGCAUCAGCAUCGGCAUCAGCAGCAACGCCGGCAACGGAAUCACCUCGUCGGCUGCCACACCGGCCACGACGACGACGACGACGGCGACGACGACUCCGGUAGCAGCGGCGUCGGCGGCGGCUACAGCACUUGUACGGCCCGGUCGAUGUCGUCGAAGAGGAGGGCCAUCGCCGGCGAACACAGCGUCGUCGACGCGGCGGUUGUAGUCGUGCUGCGCCACCGCGAGCACAACUGCGGCGGCGGCGACGACGAUCUCGACGACACGGCGAGCUCGUCGUCCGCCGUGUCCUCCAGCCUGCAGCCAAGCUGUGCUUUCUCGGCGAGGCACUUGCAGCAAUGGUCGUCGACGGCGGCGGUUCGAGGCACGAGCAUAUACUGCAGGCCGCCGGCGCCGGCUACGCAAUGCUACAUCGCAACUGACUAGAAGAAGCAUAGACUAGCCUAGAUGACAAGACUUUUUUUGUGUGUGUGUUUGUGUUUUUCUGUCUAUAGAAUUUUCAGUUGUUAGCUCUCUAGCUGAAUGCAAGCAGAUGGAGGCUCUGUUUAGAAUCUAACUUUUUUUUUCUCUA